UUAGAUUUUCAUUGUUUUUGUUACGUUUUACUUUUGUUAGUAUGUCAAAUGUGCACAGCAAACACAGAAUGUCCACAUUGUGAGAUAAGUAAAGUCUAUCCCAGCCUAAAAGUGCUUCAGUACUGUGAAGUAAAUGCAGAUGCAGGUGCCGGGUAUCAUUGUGAUAGGAAGUAUUACCAAAUGUAGUGGAUCUAAUUUGCAGACAAGGACAUCUCUGAAGUCACAUGCAGACCUCAACAAAUUGUGUUGAGUAUAAAGAGCAAUGUGUGGGGUCAGCAGGCAGAUACUUCUCAGACAUCAGCCACCAUGAACGCCUCCUUGUCUGCCUACCAGCUCUUUUGCAUCCUCCCCGUCUUGGCCGUGGUGCUCUUUAUUGUUGCCAAGGUUUUCUCAAAGCGCCGCUGCAGUUCCCCGCUGGACGGCCGUGGCUACGCCGUGCUGAUAACGGGCUGUGACAGCGGCUUCGGAUACGAGCUGGCCCGGUGCCUGGACCAGAGAGGCUUCGUGGUCUUUGCCGGCUGUUUGUUUCCGCAGGGAAUGGGCGCCCAGAAUCUGGCCAGAGAGAGCUCGGCUAAUUUACAACUCGUCAAGCUGGACGUGACCAGUGAUGCAGAUGUGCAGCAGGCAAAGACCGUGGUCCUCGACAACCUGCCAGAAAAAGGUCUGUGGGCUGUGGUCAACAAUGCUGGUAUUUCAGACUGGGCAGAGAUAGAAUGGAGCACGAUUGAAGACUUCCGCCACAUGGUGGACAUCAACCUGUUUGGCUGCAUCAGGACCACCAUGGCCUUCCUGCCUUUGCUGCGCGCUGCUAAAGGCCGGAUGGUUUUUGUGUCGAGCAUCUUUGCCUUCUUCAACUGCCUGAACAUGGCCUGUUACAGCGUGUCCAAGCGAGGACUGGAGGCCUUUGCCGACUGCCUGCGGGUGGAAAUGGCCAGCUUCGGUGUGAAGGUGAGCAUCAUUCAGCCAGGUAACUUCGGCCAAGCCACCAACAUCGUGAAGAUGAAGACCGUGUCAGACAUCUGGGCUAAGUUUGAUGACGAGCGCAAGCAAACCUUCAACCAAGCCUACAUUAAGAUGGCCAUCGAGUACUUUGUCUCAUCAUGCAGGACGGGAUUCACCAAUGCGGAGAAGGUCAUCCACGCCAUGCUGCACGCGGUGACGGCGCCCUCCCCGAAACACAGAUAUAUGAUCGUUUCAGCCACCGAUCGGGUUUUCUUCCAGCUCUACCCUUACCUGCCCACGGCUCUCACAGACGCCGUGUUUUCUCUCAGCUCCAUGUACGCUAAAAGGAGAGAAAUGCUUUAUUUCAAGUAGAUUUUACAAGUACUUUAUUUUUUUAUACAUUUAACUGUUGUUCCUAAUAUUAUUUGUGUGUGUGUGUGUGUGUGUGUGUGUGUGUGUGUGUGUGUGUGUGUGUGUGUGUGUGUGUGUGUGUGUGUGUGUGUGUGUGUGUGUGUGUGUGUGUGUGUGUGUGUGUGUGUGUGUGUGUGUGUGUGUGUGUGUGUGUGUGUGUGUGUGUGUGUGUGUGUGUGUGUGUGUGUGUGUGUGUGUGUGUGUGUGUGUGGCCUCACUCGUAACACCUCCCCAAUGUGCAUGUACACGACAUUUGGAUUGUGCUGGGUUUUAUCCCGGCUUAUGUAUAUUAUGUACCGUAAACACAAACAACU